CCCCCCCCUUCUGUCUUUGUGUGGGGGAGGACACACGCAGUUGUCUCAGCCGGCCUGCGCCAGGCAGCGCUCGACGAACCAGAACCUCAAGCAGACGGGGAAAGAGGGCUCUCUCCAAAACCUGAGUCUCCGCCCCCUGCAGCCAUGAGUCGCAGCAUCGUGCGGCAGAGCAAGUUUCGCCACGUCUUCGGCCAGACCGUCAAAGCCGAGCAGAGCUACGACGACAUCCGCGUCUCCAAGGUGACGUGGGACAGUUCCUUCUGCGCCGUCAACCCCAAGUUCCUGGCCGUCAUCGUGGAGUCCGGCGGGGGCGGCGCUUUCCUGGUCAUUCCUCUCGCCAAGAUGGGCCGCGUGGACAAGAACUCCCCUCUGGUCAUCGGCCACUCCGGACCCGUGCUAGAUAUCGACUGGUGUCCCCACGACGAUAAUGUACUGGCCAGCGGCUCGGAGGACUGCAGCGCCAUGGUGUGGCAGAUUCCCGAUCGCUCGCUGGUCCGGCCGCUCACCGAGCCCGUGGCGGUACUGGAGGGUCACUCCAAGCGCGUCGGCAUCGUCAGCUGGCACCCGACCGCGCGCAACGUCCUCCUCACCGCGGCCAGCGACAACCUGAUCAUAGUGUGGAACGUGGCGACGGGGGAGCCGCUCAUCUCCAUGGACGACCACCCGGACCUCAUCUACAGCAUCAGCUGGAACAGGAACGGAAGCCUGUUCUGCACCACCUGCAAGGACCGCCGCCUGCGCGUCUGCGACCCCCGCAAGGCCGAGGUGGUGGCGGAACGCCUGGCUCCUCACGAGGGCAUCCGGCCCAUGAGAGCCAUCUUCACCAGGGACGGCAACAUCUUCACCACGGGAUUCACCCGGAUGAGCCAGAGGGAGCUGGGACUCUGGGACCCGAGCCGCUUUGAGGAGCCCGUGGCCUUGUUGGAGUUGGACACGAGCAACGGCGUCCUGCUGCCGUAUUACGACCCGGACGCCAACAUGGUCUACUUGUGCGGCAAGGGAGACAGCAGCAUCCGCUACUUCGAGAUCACCGAGGAGCCCCCCUACGUGCACUACCUCAACACCUUCAGCAGCAAAGAGCCGCAGCGGGGGAUGGGCUUCAUGCCCAAGAGGGGCGUGGACGUCAGCAAGUGCGAGAUCGCCAGGUUGUACAAGCUGCACGACAAGAAGUGCGAGCCCAUCACCAUGACCGUGCCCCGAAAGUCGGACCUCUUCCAGGACGACCUGUACCCGGACACGGCCGGCCCGGAGCCCGCCAUGGAGGCCGACGAGUGGCUGGAGGGCCUGGACCGAGACCCCGUGCUGGUGUCCCUGAAGGAAGGCUACGUGCCGCCCAAGAGCCGCGAGCUCAAAGUGUCCCGCAAGAACUUGCCGGAGUCCAGGGCCGCCCUCCCCCGCCGCAGCGUGUCCACGUGCGACGCCGCCAGCCUACCGCCGCAGCUGCUGGAGAGGCUGCUGGAGGAGAUCGGGCACCUGAAGGCCACCGUGUUGUCUCAAGAGAAGAGAAUCUGCGACUUGGAGAGCAAACUCUCGCAGUACGCCAACGGCACGGCCUGACGAGGUGGGGACGCGCCGCGACGCGAUCCGUCGAGGCGUGAACGUAACCGACCUUUCCUCCCGCAGUCGUCGCUGCUUUCGGUCCAAACGGGGGCGAGGCUCGAGGGUCGGAGGGACGCGCCAAAGCCAACCAAAGGGGACAAAGGGCUUCCCGCCAGAGGAGACGAGCCGUCAAUUUGCCCGCCACCCUUUCUGACAUGUAAAUAGACACAAAGGAAAGAAAAUGGCUCCCGCUUGUCCCAAAAUGUCACGUCCUGUGCAAGAGUCCAAAUAAAUGUUUUUUGUUGUUUUUUUUAAUCUG